AUGAGCGCAACAAUGACCGUGACCGCUCCGUCGGAGAUUACCGCGGACAACGUGGCGACCCUCUUCCCCGACGUUGACACUUCGCUGGCUCGGGAUAUCCUUCCCACCGCUAAUACCAACUCCACCCAAGAGGGAACUGAAUUGGAUGGAUAUGACGAUGAGCAGGUUCGCCUGAUGGAGGAGGUUUGCAUUGUGUUGGAUAAUAAUGACCGACCCAUCGGCAGCGCCAGUAAGAAGGCUUGCCAUUUGAUGACCAAUAUCGACAAGGGUCUCUUGCAUCGCGCUUUCUCCGUAUUCCUGUUCGACUCUAAUAAGCGCCUCCUGCUUCAACAGCGCGCCACCGAGAAAAUCACUUUCCCUGAUAUGUGGACCAACACCUGUUGCUCCCACCCACUUGGAAUCCCUGGCGAGACAGGUGCGGAGCUUGAUGCUGCCGUUCUGGGUGUGAAGCGUGCCGCGCAACGGAAACUCAACCACGAGUUGGGUAUUAAGGCCGAGCAGGUCCCCAUUGAGAACUUCGAAUUUUUUACCCGGAUUCACUAUAAAGCUCCCAGUGAUGGAAAAUGGGGAGAGCACGAGGUCGACUACAUCCUCUUUAUCCAGGCGGAUGUUGACCUGGAGCCGAGCCCCAAUGAGGUGCGGGAUACAUGCUACGUCUCAGCCGACGAGUUGAAGACGAUGUUCCAGCAACCUGAUCUGAAGUUCACCCCCUGGUUCAAGCUGAUUUGCAACUCGAUGCUAUUUGAAUGGUGGAGUCACCUGGGCACCCCUGCUUUGGAGCAAUACAAGGGCGAGAAGGAGAUUCGUCGGAUGUAA